UCGCACUGCUUCUUCGCGCCUCUUCUCCAAUUCGACGCUGCGACGACUGCGCGAAAAACGUUCCAUUGGACGGCGAAACGCCAGAACUUCCUCGCGGCUAGUGCCGUGCACAGAGCGGCGCAGAGGUGGGGGGCCACUGAGCUGUCGCGGAAGUCCUUUUCUUCGAAAUCCCGGGCGAUCUUCUCUCUCCCUCUCUUCCGCUUCCUUCUUUUCGCUUCCUUUACCAUUCGGUUCUCUUCUCCUUUUUCCGCGGCGUUCCUUGUCGUGUGUGCGAGAAGCUCUGCGCCUGUCACAGGGGACGCGACAGAGGAGAGAGGUCACGUCGCGUCCGCGUUCCAGGCUUACUUUUUGCAGCGAACCUUCGACGGGCGGGGCGCGUCGUUUUUCUCGCCGUUGAGAGCCUCUCUGCUCGUCGCGGCUGCCUCUCCGUGGAAACUCGGCUUCUCGCGUUCGCGUCUUGGAAGAAGCUGCUCGCGAGCGUCGACGUCGCCUGCGGAGUAAAGUGCGACACAGAGAGGGAGCUCUGGAGGGGAAAAGAAGAGGCGAGUGGAGACUCUGAGAAACGCCGCUCUUUGGUGCUGCUUCGUCCUGCGUCGCGCGCUGGAACAGACACCAUUUCGCCUGUGAGAGAAGGGCAGUUGACAGGUGACGCCGCUCACAGUUCGCUUGUGUGCUUCUUUUGGAAAGCGACCGCUCGCGGUGGCCUCUCAAGCUGCACUUACACCCGACUUGGUCCAGGGUGAACAACACAGCUCUCGCAGACCCAGAUCCACGAUUUACAUCGCCCUGUGCCUCUUGGGUCGGUGGAUUGUGAAGCUCGUUACCUCCUCUUCGCGAUCUUUUAAGACGACGAAGCAGGUUCCGACGUACUUGCCUUCUGCUCUUCCCGACCUUCCUGCCGCGUUGGCUCUGAAGCGAAACACACCCUCUUUUCCUGUUCGCUUUGCUGGCCAUUCCGUCCUCUUCGCCUGUUGAUUCUUCCCGUCCCCGGCGCGAAGGAGGUCCGCUGCGAAACCGGGGUGCCGUUUCUCGAGGACCGUCUCUCUCCACCUUUCUGCUGCUUCUCGGCGCGGUUCGGCGAAGGUCGGGGAUUCCACGAAGGUGCAAGGCGUCUCGAGUCUCGAACAAGAGUGGGCGUACACAGUGGAGGGAGGCCGUUUCAUGGACAAACGGAUCAAAGCAAGGGUGUGGAGACCGAGAGGGAAAGACGCACUGCUCCAUCCGACUCUCUUCAACUGGGACUGAGUCUCCCUCAUCGGAAUCUGCGUCACGAGAAGAAGAUUCUCUCGCGGCUUCUACAUCCCGGCCUUUCAGCCACGUCUCUGCAGAAUUUCUCUUCAACUGCGAGUUCUUCACUCGAGCCGCGUGAGACAGACUCCGAGGCUCCAUGAACGGACUCGCAACUGAGCGCCAGGCUUCCCAGAACUGAGAAACUGCUGUUUCCAAGCUUGCUGGAGCCGAGGGAUGGCGCGCGGCUGAGAGGAAGAAUGUGCCAAGAGAGAAAGCCGAGGGAGUUGUCUCUGAGGAACAACUCGCGCGCCAGAGAGCGGAGGGGCAGCAAGCUCGAGCCGGGUGUCUCGUGCCUCUCCCUUUCGGCCUGUCCCUCCGUCGCGCCCAACGAUCGCGGUGGCGUGACGACCCCGCGAUCGUUGCAUGCAUGGACUCGCGAGGUCUCGGCUUGCCGUCUUCCGCGUCAGCAGGUCUCUCGGCCGUUGCCUCGGCGGUCGCUCUCUCGUCCUCGCUCGGAGCCAGACGCGUCGCCAGUGAAGGGCCCUGGCCAGCGUGUCGAGGCGAGCGCGGUCGAGGGCGGGCCGUCUGCGUCGAGCGCGGAGCGUUUGCAGGUGGACGACGGUCUGGCUGCGAUGAGGAAAACGAAGAAGGGCAAAGGAGAAGAAGGCGGCGAGGAGACAGAGAGGUGGGCGACGCAGGCGGUCGAGCAACAAGGCACCUUGAAGCCUGCGGGAGAGGAGACAGCUGUCCCUGGAGCCAGCGAGCGCAGCGCGUCUCCGCAGCAAGCCAUGGAGGGGUCGUGUGGGGUGGAGACUCCCGAGACGUUCUUCGGUGUCUCGACAGGCAACAGCCAAGGCAGUCCCAGCCCCGAAAGCGUGGCUGGCGAGGAGGCGCGUCCUGAGCGAGAGAAUGCUGAGAAGUCUGCGACUGGCGGGUCUGCCUCGAAGGCGAAGAAACCGAGCCGUGAGAGCGCCCGGCGUCCAGACACCGCGCUGAUCGACCGACACCUCAUCGCGGCUUCUCCGUCGCCCUCAAGUGCGAGGAGAAGCUCUACGUGCUCUCCAUCGCCUCACAGCAGAGAGGGUGAAGACAAACCAGGCAGCGGCGCGCCCCCUGCCUCGUCUCCCUCCGCGAAUGCGGGAGCGCUGGAGCCUGCCGAGAAGGGCACACUCGGUUCACCUCCCCAAGAUGUUUUGCCCGCGCUGCCUGCUUCUUCCAGCUCCCCUUCGACCGGUGGAGGAUCUCCUCUUUCUCCGCCGCCGGGACAGGCGCCGCGCGCCGAAUCCGGCGCCCCAGGGUCUGGAGCGCUGAGUCUUCGUCGGUCGCUCAGACAUCGCCAGCCGGUCCGGCCGGCCGCCAUCGCGGUGUCGCCUCUUGGCGGCCCGGGGAGCAGCUUGAGCAGCCGCAGCGCGAGCCCAACACGGCGGGGCGGAGUGUCUCCAUGCGGGCCUGCGACCGCGGUCGGAAAGGGCGCGGGGGCGGCGAGCGGCGCUGCGGCGCUCCCGGGAGUGGGCGCGAAGGCGCCGCCGAGUGCGACCCCGCUCGCAGGUUUGUCUGGGAGGUCUCUGCUCGCUUCAGUCUCGCCUUCCGCCGCGGCGCUUGGGCCUGGCGCCCCAGGCAAGAAGAAGGCGGGGCAGGUCCAGGGCGCCGCGAAGGCCCGCGGGGCGCCGCCCUUCGUUCUCGCCGAGUACUGGCCGGGGGUAACGCUCGACGAGAUGGAGAAAGGCGAACUCUCCUGGGCUCGCGCUGCUGCAGGCCUGCCGCUGCCCGCGUCCCCCCACAAGGUCCCUGGAGGCCCCGCUCCUCCUGUGGGCGGCCCGCCUGCGCGCGACGAGGACAGCGUCGCUGCAUGCGCGGGCGAGAAAGGCAAGGAGAAGGCCUUCCUGGGGAGCGGCCGUAGCCAGGCGGCGCAAGGCCUCCCAGGGAUUGACGCGGUCGCCGCGGCUUGCUGGGGCGGCGCCGGCGUGGACUCGCGAGUCCUCGCACCCGCAGAGGGCGAGGCCAGUGGUGCGUUCGGGCCUGGCGGGGAGAAGAAGAAGGUGCAUGCGUCGUCCGACAGCUCUGGGGGGUCUCGAGCGGCGCUCGGGGGCCGCGCGAGUGUUCAAGGCAAAGCCAGGAAACCGGCAGGCUGGGAGGAAGAGCGAGGCCGACGAGAUGACCGGAGUCGCGGGAGGCGGGAUGAGACCGACGGACCACGGUUCGACGUCACCUGGUUCGUCGACGACAGCCCGCUAGCGCAUACAAGGAAGCGAACGCGGUGGGACAGUCUCUGGGUCCGACCGGCCUCGCCAGUCCGAGUGGUCGGCGACUCUGCGCCCGAGGAGAGCCCUGAGAGACGCGAGGGUGGGGGGCGAGCACCGGACCUCCAAGCCUCGAUGGCGAAGCGCCGCACAGCAGACAGUGGCCUCGAAGAAGAAGCGCAAGUGGAACGGGGUUUCUCCUCGAGUGACUCGGACGACUGCGACUGGCACCUACCGACAAGAACCGUGAGUUCUUCGCUCGCGCCCUUCGCCGCUUCGAAGGCCCACCUCGUCCCUCGCUGCUGCUACUGUCUCCUCCCGCGGCGACUUCCUGGGAGACACACGGAGGCCGGCGGCCCGCCCCGCGACCUUUUGGGUUGGAGCACCUCCGUCGAGUCAGAGGAGACGCGAGGCCGGUACCUGCAGCUGUACUGCGCAUGCACAAAGCGGCCGUUUGGCGAGAGCGUUCUUCAGGGCGCUGCAGGCAGGCGCGGCCUCCUUCUCCCCGUGGCGACAAAUGCGCUUCUCUACUCGGUGCGAAGGGUCGCUCUGGACGGCGCGGCGAGCGAGCAGAAGAGUGAGGCGCUUCCGACCUCUGCCGUCUCCAGGCCCUCGUCUGCUGUUCGUGCUCGCAGCAGCUGCGCCUCCUCGGGGUGCGACGACGGCCGCGCAGAGGUUGCUCCGGGCGCGCCCGCGGAGACGAUCUAUCGCUGGAGAGAUCCCUGUACACUCCAGACCUUCUCCUCUUCUUUAGAUCGAAUCCAAGGGAGCCUCGCGGCGACAGCAGCGGUAGCGGCAGCGGCUGAGAGCGCCGGGAAGCCCGUCGCGUUUCUCCCCCGGCUGUACUGGGACAGCCAGGCGGACUGCUACAUCGCUUCGUGUCUCCGGUGGGAAGAGGAGGCGCAGCCGACCCCCGCCGCAGAACGAGGCGAGAAGCGGAACGGCGUCGAGCGGCCGGCGGAGGCGCGCGAGCGGGGGCGGGAUGAGAAGAAGCCGGAGGACCCGAGCGUUCCAGGCCUUCGAAGAAGGUCUCUGAAGCUGCUGCAGAAGAAGUUCAGCGUGGCAUUUUUGGGAGACGCGAAGGCUCACUUCUAUGCGUCGGAGUGGCUCAAAUGGCAACACAAGGGACAGCGCAUGAUGGAUGAGGAGGACAGGAGACAAGAAGUCGCCAGACAGAUGCUGCUGGUUUCGCCGCUGCUCGCGGGCCGGAAGGCGCCUGCGAAGGCCCCGGGCGGCUGCUCCAAGAAGGCCUCGUCCCUCAGCGCCGCGCAGCUCGCCCUUGCGUCUGGGCGCCCCUUGACCCCAGAGGAAGAGGCGGAGCUGAAGCGACAACUCGAGAACAAAGAGCGACAGAAGAAGCAAAAACUCCUCCGGCAACAGUGGAGACGCCAACAGGCCCGCGAGGCGAAACUCCGGCUCCGAGAGGCAGAGGCCGCAGCCGCGGCGGCUGCCGCUGCCGGGGCGCCGAGCGCCCCGGGUACCACGGGCGCGAGUCAAACGCGCUCGCCGCAGUCGCAGCAGAAGUCUGAGUCCCUGCCCGUUUUGCGCAGUAAAACGGAGGUCCUUCAGCCCUCUCCUGGCGCCUCGUUUGCUCCCGCUUCUUCGAGGAGCACUCUGCCUGCGGGGGAGUCCGGGGCCGCGCCCUGCGAGGGGGUCGGGACGAGGCGGAGCGCCGCGUCUGCGACCUCGGUGGCACCUGAGAAAGUGACUGGGAGAAAAAGCGAAACUGCGAGAGACGCUGCAAGCGCGUCUCUCGAGGCGGCCAAGUCCACCAUGGUAACUCGCGGUGGAGGACGAGGGUCCUCCGUGGUUGCCGUCACGCGGUCAACUUCUUCACCUUCCGGACGGGCAGCGUCUGUCGCUUCGUCCACCCUGGGGGGCUUCGGGGCGAGGUAGUCCAGAACAGGCGAGGCGGUUGCCUGGCGUCUCUUGACAGUCGAGGGGGUUCUCUUGAGUUGUGACAGUGCAGGUGCUGGAACUGGAGUUCUCUGCUUAGCGAUGCGGAGAAAUGCAGAGAGGACUGAGACGCAAAGUUGUGAGGACAUGCCCCGAUCAGUGUCUUCGGUGUCCAAAACAGCGACAGUGGAGGCGCGGGAAGCUUGCUUCAGAGGGAAUUGAGGGAAGGGCGUGGGGUGUCUAGACAAGGCGAUGGGGAGUUAGCACAAGCACCCUGAGGUGCCGCAAAGAUAGGUGACCAUCAGCUGGUGGUCUCUUUUGACGUUUCCUUGCGCUCGCCGACGGGGCGUGACGCCCGACCCAGCCACCGUUGGCCCAUUUAGUUCCUCGGCAUGCGCUGUGGUGCAAACGUAUGGGCUUUCCAAGCAGCAGCUAACAUGUGGAAAGCCCACAAAGCAAAGACAAAAACGUACACACUUCGUCGAGCGCGCGGUCGACAAAUCGGCUUCUGUCUCUCAAGUGUCUCCUCCGUCUCAUCCCGGGCUUCAGAUCGGGGCCACAGUUGCGCGUUUCACAAGGACGGCGACGCUACUGAAACACAGAAAAUAGACAGCUAUGUCGCACGGGCAGCGACAGACACUUGGCAAACAGCCAGAGUUCACGCUGCGUGGUGAAGGGGUGCAGGUUGGGGGAUUCUGUUUUCGGCGAUGCCAGCUCAAGACCUCUGGGUGCACAGACGCCUCUCUGUCCCCGAGAGCAAACUUGGUGCAGAGGCCACGACCGUUCCCGGGGACUGGAUCAUUUCAGUGUUGGAGAACAGAUUGAACUCCAGCUCGUGAAUAUCGGUGAAGGGUAAAGGCGAGGGAAAAAGCACACGCAAGUUGGACAAGGUGGAAAUGUGGUUUCUCGACUGUACGAACGCAGCCGGCAGAGACGAGGCCUGGGAGGCUAGUCUGAGAAUCUACAAACCCCAUCAGAGAACUGUUUUUACACGUACACUGCGUGAGGUGUGGCCAGAAGUUGUCACGACGCGUGAACAGAAAGUGGUGUAAUGGCGAAUCUCUGAAUGCAGACGGCCGUCGAACGUGCCGGCUUAAGCAGCCUCUGAGGCGUCCAUUCAAAUCAAUCACUGCUUCUUUUUAUUUGCCUUUCUGCUGUGUUGACAUUAAACUCCUCAAUACGUGACAAGCCGUUUGCUAACGCCUUUCUAACUG